AGAUAGAUAGAUAGAUAGAUAGAUAGAUAGAUAGAUAGGUAGGUAGGUAGGUAGCAUUUGAAAAGCAGUUACCAUCACAGUUGGAGUCGGUGAUGUAUGAUAGUGAACAGUGGGAGACAAUUUAGCUGAUGACAUGUUUGGGUUAUCAAAAGUAUAAUGUGUGGGGAUGAAGCCCAGAGUUGAGAGAUAUAGGUACCUCAUAAUAGCAUGAGGAAAGACAGGAGAUAUGGUCAUACAGAAACAGUUUCAUGAAUAGGACAGUAUAAUGACUUGUUUCAGAUGGUUUACUCCGAUGUGUCUGUCUGGCUGAUGUAGAGUAAUGAUAUUGGUUUGUUUGGUAUUGGGAUUCAUUUUGUGGUUUGCCGUUUGACUGGUUCUAGCCUAUUGGUUUGUAUUAUUGCUUUGUUCCAUUGAUUUGUUGUUUAGUCAUGUAGUCUUACACCGCAAAGCAGCUCUGAUUGCAGGCAGUCAUUUGGCUAAUCGUGUGGUGAGCCUAACAUUCAUUGAUAGUUAGCAGUAACGUUGUAAGACAUUCUAGUUCUACGCUGUGGUGAUGUUAGGUCGGUGGUAUUUUGUCAAAAGACUACAGCUCUGAAGAAAAGUGUGUGUUGUGUACUGGUAAAGCCCCAGCUUUGUUGUGUGUCACUACAACCCUAGCUCUGCUCUGCUGUGCUCUGCUCUGCUGUACGGUGGCUGUGUCCUGUGUCACAGAGGAAGCAUUGAUCAGACAGCUACUGAGGCUCAAUACACAAUGAGGCCUGGCCCGAGAUCUCUCCUCCUCCUCCCAACCCCCCUCUCCCUCUCCCUGCGUGCCCUGCUCCUGCUCCUGCUCUGCCUUGCUCCACGUUGCCAGGCGGUGCAGGCUGAGAAUGUGACUGUGUUGGAAGGAGGCACGGCCCAGAUCUCUUGCCGUCUGCAGAACUAUGACGGCUCCAUCGUGGUCAUCCAGAACCCUCGCAGACAGACCCUGUUCUUCAACGGCACACGAGCGUUGAAGGACGACCGUUUCCAGAUGGUACUCUUCACUCCCCGCCUCGUGCGCAUCACCCUCACCAACGUGAGCGUGUCGGACGAGGGCGGCUACUUCUGCCAGCUCUACACCGACGACACCCACCACCAAGUGGCCACGCUAUCCGUGUCCGUCCCUCCCGACACCCCCACGGUGGAGGUGAAGCAGGAGGCCGUGGAGGGGGGCGAGGUGGAGCUCACUUGUCUGUCGCCACGCAGCAAGCCCCCCGCCACGCUGCGCUGGAUCAGGGACCGCCGGGAGAUACCAGGUGUGGUGUCCCAGCAGGAAAAUGGGAAGACAGUGAGUGUGUCCAGUACCAUCCGUCUACCUGUGGAGAGGAAAGACAACGGGGCAGCGGUCAGCUGUGAGGCCUCCCACCCCGCCCUGGGGGGUCAGAAGAGGGUCCGCCACUACCGCCUCGACAUCCACUUUGCCCCCACAGUGAGGAUCAUCCCUCCCCCUGGCAUCCUCCGAGAGGGAGACUCUCUCAGCCUCACCUGCUCCAUCACUGGCAACCCACUGCCUAGGGAUGUCCAGUGGUCUAGGAUUAAUGACACCUUACCUGAGAGGGCGGAGAUCUCUGGCCCCACCCUCCAGGUGUCCCGUCUCAGCCAAUCACACAACGGGACCUACCUGUGUCAGGCGCAGAACAACUAUGGCCGUGCCGCCGACCACUACACGCUGCUGGUGUACGACCCCGGUGCAGUGAUUGAGACCCACAGUGCAGGACCGUACGCUGUGAUAGGGGGCGUCCUGGCUCUGCUGGUCUUCACUGUUAUCUGUGUUCUCAUCGUCACCAUCUGGUGCUCUGUCCGACAGAAAGGUUCGUAUCUUACCCAUGAGGCCAGUGGGUUGGACGAGCACGGGGAGGUCCAGGAGGCUUUCCUCAACGGGAAUGAUGCCAGUCAGGGCAAGAAGGAGUACCUACUGUAGCCUCCAGCCCCAAAACCCACACCCCUCCUCCCAACACGCCAUGAUGGGUGGCCUUCUGAAUCGACUGUAAUACUACUGCACACAGACCACAUCACAGACCACAACACAGACCACAACACAGACCAGAACAGAGACUGAAAGAGAGACGACUCUGAUCAGCCCUAACAUUAUAACUGUGCCAUACUGUAGGUGUACUGGAGGAAGGAGCGAGGGAGCGAGGGAGGAUGAAGGAGAGAUAGAAAAAGAAAGAGACAGACAAAGGGAGAAGUGAUAAUAUUGUCAUUAUUUUGAUAGAGAGAAGCGAUAACAAGAAGCACUUUCUUCCCUGUGGUAAUUGGAGAGAGAGAGAGAUGUAGAAAGGCGAAAGAGAAAAAACCGUCCAUUUCCAAAAUGUUCGAUCCAUAACUGGCACAGACAAACAGGUGGGGUGGGUAUGGUUUCCAGAAGAUAUUGAGUUUGAAUGCUUAAUUUGAUUACUUGAAAUUGCCAAAGCACAUCAGCCCACAGAGAACAACUCAUCUAUAAUUAUUUGACUACAUUGCAGAGUGUUACCCUGAAAGUCUCUUAAAGUAUUUCUGAACUACCCAGUCAAUUCUGCAGACAACCCAGGUAUUGUAGUUGCCGUCCGUGCUGGGGAGGCUGGCAAUGUUUUCUGGGUAAUUUAGAAACCUUCCUGUUAUGAAUGACUACUUUCCUUGCGGAACAGAACUGUUGUCUCUCUCUUUCGCCCUCCCUCUCUAUUCACCUCUCUUUCUCGUCCUCUUCUUCUCCCUUGUUCCCUCCCUCUCUCUCUGUCUGUGUCUGUCUUUAUCUCUCCUCUAUUGUUGGCCAAUAAUGAAAGGAUUAGUGCCAGUCUCCUUUCGUGAGUUAGAAGAAAGGGAACAUAAGUCGACGAGACACAUUAAGGAAAAGCUUAAUUAUUUUAAAAUGCCCUUAAAGGGAUAAAAAUGUUUAAAAGUCUUAAAAGAAAAACAAUGAGUGAAAGGGAAAGUAAUGAAUAAGGAAAAAUACAUGAUGGAUAUUUUUCUGAAUGCCAUGCACACACACACAUACACACACACAUACAUAUCUCUGAAUUCUUUAUUUGUGUAAAAAUGUAAACAGUAAGAUAACUUAAAUGAAUCUUUUAAGAAAUUGAGAAAAAAUACAGUUUACUAUUGAACGCAUUAUGAAGAUACUAUACUAACACAUUAUUAGCCUAGAGGUACAAAAAUGAACAAACUACUGUCCAGUGAUCAAAACAAAAAAAGAUAGAAAAAAUGUUUAAUUUGUCUUUAUGAAAUACCUGAGGUCUUAUUGAUUUGUUAUUAAUUAUUGUUAUUAUUUGAACUAUUAUAAUUGUUAUUAUUAUUAUUACUGUUAUUAUUAUUGUAAAUGUUAUAACUGUACACCUCCCAUGUUUGUUGUUUUUGGUUAUUCUCUAGAAACUGCUCUUUCCACUUCUCUCUUACUCUGUCUCUCUAGUUCUUUCUAUUUCCGUCUCCCGUGCCUGUUUGUUUCUUCUUCUCGUCUUUCACUGCUGUUUAUUUUAUAGUCCAUGUGUCGCUGUUGAUAUAGCUAACUAUUUCUUUAUAGGGGAAAGAUACAAAGCACGACAAAAUAAAAAAUACUUCAAAAAUAA